GCAAGUCACUAUAUUGAUUUACGAAAGUUACUACGAAGUUGUUACGAUAAAUUAGUCCUGAUGAUGGAGUUUUGUUGGAAGUUCUAUGAAAAUAUAAAAGAAGUCAAGGUUUUAUUGGGUUUGAUGCUAUCUCUUUUGGUGCUAAAUGGAGUUGAACCUAAUUGUUACAAAAUUUUGGAUUUAAAAGAGGGACAAACACUUUAUUUACAAAAUGAUAACUAUCCGAAUUAUGGAGGUGAAAACAUUUGCACUUGGAAAAUUCACAGCUCUGUUAUUAUUAAAGCAACGUGUUAUAUUGAUCUAAAUGAUGACUGUAAUGAAAAUAUAUUUCUUUUUGAUGAUGGAAAUUCUACAUCUUAUACCACAUGUGGUCAAGAUACAAUUACCUUCGAAGGAUUUAAUUCAACUAUUACUAUAAUAUUUGCCUCAGCAUUUAAUCAAGGUCGAUUUAUAUGUGAAAUUAAAAGUAAUACCUGUCAGUGUGGUAAAAAAAAAGUGACUAGAAUAGUAGGCGGUGAGGAAACCGAAAUAAAUGAAUUUCCUUGGAUGACUGGGAUUGUGGAUCUUAAUACAAAUAUAUUAUUUUGCGGUGCUACUAUAAUAUAUGAUCGAUAUAUACUAACAGCAGCCCAUUGCCUGUACGAAAAAAACAUUAAUGAGAUUGUCGCAGUUGUUGGCGAACAUGAUGUAAGCACAGGUAGUGAUACCAACGCAACCAAGAUAUAUGAGCUAUCCGAAUGUGUAAUUCAUCCUGAAUACGAUUUUACGAAAGAUGCUUAUAAUGAUAUAGCUAUUUGUGAGACUGUUGAAAGAAUCAAAUAUAGCCCUGAGGUUGGUCCAGUCUGCUUACCAUUUAAACAUAAAUACGAUUCGUUCACUAAUGAUAUCGUCACUGCGUUGGGCUGGGGUUUAAAUGAAUAUGGCGGCUCUAAAUCCGAUACGCUCCAAAAAGUAGAUUUAAAAGUAAUAAAAUGCUUAAUUAAUAAUACAAACAUAAUAUGUACUUUUACUCCAGAAAAGGAUACAUGUCAGAUGGAUAGUGGUGGACCUAUUUUAUGGAAUGAUCCUAUCACAAAUCGUAUAAUAUUGGUUGGUAUUAUAUCUGCUGGUGAAGGCUGUGCUUCAAAUAAACCUUCUUUAAACAUGCGUGUAAGUGCUUUUAUCGACUGGAUAGUAUCUAUAACUCCAGACGCACAAUAUUGCCAAGUUGAAUGAGCUUGCAUGGUUAAUAAAAAGAACCGUUUUAGAAGAUUAUGAAUCUAUGCUGACGCUUUAUUAUAUGUAUUUACUAUUAUAUACUUUUAAAAAUAUAUAUUGUAAUUAUAUCUGCUAAUAUACAUUGAUAUAUACCUAUAUAAAUAUAUGUGUCAUGUAUAUGUGUCAUGUAUAUAUACAUCGUGUACUCGCGCGCACACAUAUAUACAUACACACACCUGUGCGUAAAAUAUGUAUAAUGUAGAUGUAUAAAAUUUUAAUGAUGUAUUUUCAAUAUUCUAUUGUAUCUACUUUAACAUACAAAUAUUACAAACUUGAGCAUAA